CAAGUGCAGGAGCAGCCUUCGCAGGAGGAGCCGUCUGGAGGUGGUAUCUCUACCCAACACCUCAAGAGCAAGCAAAGGUGGCCACCAGUGCUCAGGACAGCUGAUCCAACGCCACCAUGUCCUCCCUUCCUAUGCCUGCACUAGAUCAUCUCAUCCACCUCCACCCGAGCGUUGCCGCCAUGGAAUCGAGCAUCGCCCUCUACUCCUCCCUGGGCUUCCUCGUCACCCGCGGAGGGAACCACGCCGACCUCCUCACCACGAACGCCCUAAUCGUACUCCCCGACGGAGUCUACAUCGAGCUCAUUGCCUUUCUCGAGUACGAGGCAGAGGGAGUGGAUAGAGGAGGGGAAACGAGGCAAGAGUGGCAGCUCAGGAGGGAGCAGCAUUGGUGGAGUGGCAAGAAGGAAGGGUGGAUCGAUUGGUGUCUUGCUGGUGGAGUGGCCGAUGGGCAGGUGGAAGCGAGUAACGCUAGAGCUCAGGAGCAGGCCCAACCUCUACUUCCAACUUCGACGACAGGUGCCACCUCACCAGGUCUGUACAAGUCCCCACGAGCAGGUGGUCGUACCACUCUCCGUGGCGACCAAAUCAAGUGGAAGGUCACCUUCCCAGACGACGCACUCACGUCCUAUGCACUCCCCUUCUGGUGCGAAGACGUCACUCCACGCUCGCUCCGCGUACCGUCGCUGUCACUCGAGGACGAGGGGAGUGCUCAGAAUCACACUCGCAGCCCAAAGAGGAGCGCACACCCUAAUGGUGCACUCGGUAUUCACUCCCUCCUCUUCCUCUUCAACGAUGACGAUGACGAGGAGGAACGCUUCGAAGAGGCAGUAAAGGCUUGGUCGCUCCUCCUGCCAAGGGAGAGCCAGUCUGACUCUGACUCUGACUCUACCUUUCUCCUCUCCACGCCCUCCGCUGCCGAGCAUGGAAGUCAAUCAAGGACAACGUCGAGCUCUGCACCGAUCAAAGUACAAGCGAGGCACGCUCAAACGAAGGCAGAGCGGGACUGGCUUGCUCAAUGUGGGGGAACGGGCGCACUUUACGAAGUUGAACUGAGACUACAGCGGGAAGGGGAGGUGGAUCGCACUGCCUCGUCUUCUUCUAGGAGACUUCAAGAGGCUGGGGAAAGGUUUGAGCGAUUGAGAUCUGAGCGAGAGCGAGAGCUGGGGCUGGGAAGGAUGAAGUUUUGGUACGUCGCAUGAGUGGUAGAGGGUGGGUGGGACAAGUGGGGCAGGAGUGUGCACAGGGGGAGAGGGAUCGAAGGAAAGAAGGAACGAAGCUUAACCGUCACGCCAGAGAGCAGAGCAGAGCAGAGCAGAGCAGAGCAGAGCAGAGCAGAGCAGAGCAGAGCAGAGCAGAGCAGAGCAGAGCAGAGGAGAGCAGAGCAGAGGAGAGCAGAGGAGAGCAGAGGAGAGCAGAGGAGAGCAGAGGAGAGCAGAGCAGAGCAGAGGAGAAGGUCUCGCAUUGUACAAUUAUAAGAGAGAAUCAAAAACGU